AUUUUUUCAAAACCUCCUGGGGCCUCUUUCUGGCUGAUCCGGAACUAGAUCAGAUCGUAACCCUCAACGGAAGCGCCAAAACCCUCCAAAAAUCCAAACACAGACUACCCUUUUCUAUAUACCUCAGUGCGUCCACCUUUGAAAAUUCGGUACAAACAACAAAACAGCAACUGCAGACAAAUAUACUGAGAUCAAGUGCACAUAUUUGCGUAUUUGUUUGUAUGUUUGAAGUAGGAGGCUUUGGCACUGGAGGGGAGGCGAUUCGAGAUGGAGCUACAGAACACUGUGAAAGAAGCCCUAAAUGCACUAUACCAUCACCCUGAUGACUCCGUUCGGAUGCAAGCCGAUCGAUGGCUUCAAGACUUUCAACGCACCAUCGACGCAUGGCAGGUGGCUGAUAAUCUGCUUCAUGAUGCUUCUAGUAAUCAAGAGACCUUAAUUUUCUGUUCACAAACUCUCAGAAGCAAGGUUCAACGGGAUUUUGAAGAACUGCCAUCUGAAGCUUUUCGUCCACUUCGUGAUUCUUUAAAUACAUUGUUAAAAACAUUUCAUAAAGGUCCUCCAAAAGUUAGAACUCAGAUCAGCCUUGCUGUAGCUGCAUUGGCUGUUCACGUUUCUGUUGAAGAUUGGGGAGAUGGUGGCAUAAUAAAUUGGCUGAGAAAUGGGAUGAAUUCUCACCCUGAGUUUAUACCAAGUUUUCUUGAGCUUGUCAAAGUAUUGCCCGAGGAAGUAUUCAACUACAAGAUAGCUGCUCGUCCUGAUAGACGUCGCCAGUUUGAAAAGGAACUUGCAUCUGCAAUAGAUACGGCCCUGUCUAUCUUGUCUGCAUGCUUGAAUAUCAGUGAACUCAAAGAGCAGGUUUUUAAUUUCUCUACAGGUCCUUGAGGCAUUUGCCUCUUGGCUGCGUCUAAGACAUAGAAUUCCUGCAGCUACUCUGGCUUCACACCCUUUAGUUCUUGCGGCUCUCACAAGCUUGCAUUCGGAUAUGCUGUCAGAGGCAUCUGUAAAUGUGGUUUCUGAAUUAAUACACUAUACAUCUGCAAGAAAUUUAGACGGAGGUUCCCCUCAGAUGCCUUUGAUUCAAGUGAUUGUUCCUCAAGUUAUGAGUCUGAAACCUCAGCUGAGAGAUUCUUCGAAGGAUGAGGAGGAUAUAAAAGCCAUUGCUCGUUUAUUUGCUGAUAUGGGAGAUGCAUAUGUUGAAUUAAUUGCAACAGGUUCUGAUGAAUCAAUGCUUAUAGUGCAUGCAUUACUUGAAGUUGCUUCACAUCCAGAGUUCGAUAUUGCUUCAAUGACAUUCAAUUUUUGGCAUAAUCUUCAAAUGGUAUUGAUUGAAAGGGAUUCCUAUCAAGAGCUCGGUAGUGAGGCAGCAAUAGAGGCUGAGAGAAACCGCAGGUUGCAGGUCUUUCAUCCAUCAUAUGAGUCACUUGUUUCAUUGGUCACCUUCCGCGUUCAAUAUCCUCAAGAUUAUUCAGAUCUUUCAAAGGAGGACCAAAACGAUUUCAAGCAGGCUAGAUAUGCUGUUGCAGAUGCAUUAAUUGAUGCAGCAUUGGUUCUGGGAGGGGAGGCUACACUAAAACUUCUUUAUAUGAAGCUGGUCGAGGCUGUAAGUUGCUGUGCGUCUGACUGGCGUCCAGCUGAGUCUGCAUUGUACUGCAUACGUGCAAUAUCGGAUUUUGUUUCCGUUGUUGAUUCUGAAGUCAUGCCUCAGGUCAUGUCGUUGAUGCCUAAGCUCCCUCACCAAUACCAACUUCUUCAGACUGUUUGCUUGACCAUCGGAGCUUAUUCAAAAUGGCUUGAUGCUGCUGCAAAGGGAUCCUCAUUCUUGCCCUCACUCUUAGAUAUCCUUGUGAGUGGCAUGAAUGUGUGUGAAGAUUCAGCAGCUGCUGCUGCUUUGGCAUUCAGAAAUUUAUGCAGUGACUGCAAGAAAGAACUUCAUCGAUACAUGGAUGGGCUCUUUCAAAUAUAUGAAAGGGCAGUAAAUGGUGAAGGCACCUUCAAGGUUUCUGCUGAAGAUUCAUUGCAUCUGGUUGAAGCUCUUAGCAUGAUUGUUACAGAACUAACUCCUGAAAAUGCUAAGAAGGCACUUGAGGCAAUAUGCUUACCUGCAGUUUCUCCUUUGCAGGAGAUAAUCAAUCAGGGUCCUGCUGUAUUGGGACAAAAAACACCUCGUGAGCUCACUGUUCACAUUGACCGACUUGCAAAUAUUUUUCGACAUGUAAAUCACCCGGAAGCUGUUGCAGAUGCAAUUCAAAAACUCUGGCCAAUUUUUAAAGCCAUCUUUGAUACUCGUGCUUGGGAUAUGCGAACAAUGGAGUCUCUUUGUCGGGCAUGUAAACAUGCUGUGCGGACGUCUAAGCAGCUCAUGGUAGUCACUAUUGGAGCUAUGCUUGAGGAAAUACAGGUGUUAUACAGACAGCAUCAUCAACCUUGUUUCCUUUAUCUCUCUAGUGAGGUUAUUAAGAUAUUUGGUUCAGAUCAAUCAUGCGCUGGCUACCUAAAAAAUCUUAUCGAGUCUCUUUUCAGUCAUACGACAUGUCUCCUUACGAAAAUCGAGGAGUUCACUUCUAGACCGGAUAUAGCAGAUGAUUGUUUUUUGUUGGCAUCAAGGUGUAUACGAUAUUGUCCUCACCUUUUGUUCCCAUCCCCUGUAUUUCCAUCAUUAGUGGAUUGUGCUAUGGUUGGUGUCACAGUACAGCACAGAGAGGCAUCCAAUUCAAUAUUGCAUUUCCUGUCCGAUACAUUUGAUUUUUCAAACUCUUAUCAAGGAGAGAACUUUGUAAGUAUUAGAGACGAUGUAAUUAUUCCCCGGGGGCCUAGUAUUGCCAGGGCCUUGGUUGCUUGUCUAACCGGAGCACUUCCUAUUUCACGGAUAGAAACGGUAUCUUAUGCAUUAUUUUCCUUGAGUCGUGCAUAUGGGACAAAAGCUCUUGAAUGGACAAAGGACUGUGUUUCUUUAAUCCCAUCGGCAGCUGUUACUGAGUUGGAAAAGGCUAAGUUCCUAGAAGUUCUAUCAGAGGCGGCAUCCGGAGCAAAUGUAAACAAUUUGGUAGUUCCAAUUGAAGAAAUUUCUGAGGUUUGCCGCCGAAAUCGAACUGUUCAGGAGAUUAUUCAAGGAGCUUUGAGACCACUUGAAAUCAAGACAGCAGUCAAUGUAUCGUCAUAGUUGUAGGUCCACAAUGUAAUGUACAAUUUUUUUUUGUUUUUUUUCCUGCAUCAGUAAGUAGUAGCUAGAGCAUCUUGCCGUGUUUAUUUAUUUUUAAGCUUAUGUUUGUUGUCCGGGGGAUUGGGUAUAGUUACAUCGAUUCACAUGGGAGCUUGUUGAGGCACGAGUUGAGGGAUGCAUUGUUGUAAUAUUUCUUCUCUUUUUUUUUUCAUGGGAAGUAAUCAGGAUUUGUAGCAAUUUAAAUUGCAUUUGCUCAACUCGAUUAUCAACUUUUGAGGGAAUUGAUUUAUACUAUUUCUAGUUUUUGAGAUGUAUUUUUAUGUACUCAAUAUUUUUGAAGACUUCAAGCCUGGCUGGGUUUCAGAGUUUGUGUGCUCCAACAUCCAAGAGGCUUCGUGUAAUCGUGUGGCAAAACCAAUGUAAAAAUUCUUGUUAUGACUAGGAUAUAAAAG